GUUUUCCACACGAGUAAACUGGCACAUAUCUUCCCUUUUCCUUCCUUCCUCUCCCAAAAUCAAAACCCCUCUCCUGUGUUGUUGUGAGAGAAAAACACAGAGACAGAGACAGAGGGUAGUAGUUGAGUUGAGCGAGUGGGGGGAAGUAGCGAAGAAUGAGUAUGUUGAAAGGAGGUGAAAUGGGUGGAGAAGGAGGGAGAGAAGGGGAUUGGGAGUGCAGCAGUUGCAACAACAGGAACUACGCCUUCAGAUCAUUCUGCAACAGAUGCAAGCAACCCCGCCUCCUCGUCGAUUCCAAAACCCCCGCUGAUUCCAAGUGGCUCCCCCGUAUCGGCGAUUGGAUCUGCACCGGUUGCACUAACAACAAUUAUGCAUCAAGAGAGAAGUGCAAGAAGUGCGGACAACCAAAGGAGGUAGCAGCCAUGCCAGCAAUUGCGAUGACCGGAGCAUCUUUCCCCACUUAUUCACACUAUUUUUCCAGGGCCCCAGGAGUACCAGAACAAAAGAUGAAUAUUGGAUUGCUUGGCAAUGGUGCACCAUCACAGUCACUGCAUUUAAACUCCAAUUGGCCUGUUCCUGGAGCAGAUAAGUACGGUGUCCAGCCACUUUCCAUAUGGCUACCUGGUGGAAAUUAUGGCACUGUGCAUCAUCAUGAAAAUUCUACCAACCAGAACCUAUCUGUUCCAAAGGGAUGGCGCAAUGGGGACUGGAUCUGUAACUGUGGCUUCCACAAUUACUCAUCCCGCUCUCAGUGUAAAAAGUGCAAUGCUUUUCCUCCUGCACUUGGGACAAAGCGGUUAGCUUCAGAAGAGUUGGUUUAUGAUUGGGACAACAAGAGAUUGAAUAUAGGAACUACAAAUGAUCAGCAUCAAAUAUAUACAAGUUUAGAGCAAGUGGUAGGGACAGGUGCAGAUCCAAAACCUGGACUCUUCCCCUCUUAUCCCAGCAUGAACUCAACUACAGCUCCAAUUUUGCCAUUGGCCACAUGGCUUCCACCUCAAGCUUCUGCACCUGCCCUCCUUGGAAAAGGAGCAAGGCAAUGGCGAAGUGGAGAUUGGAUGUGCUCAAAUUGCAACAAUCAUAAUUAUGCUUCAAGACUACAGUGUAACAGGUGCAAAACUCAAAGAAUGGCUCCCAUGCAACCUGUUAAUGUUGUGUAAUGAUGAAUUCAUUAGUUAAAUUGACGUCAUGUGCCCUAGUUUGGCUGAGUUUUGUUUUGAUUUUCUAGCGUGUAUUUUGCCAGCAAAACAUAGUUGAUAUUCUCAUCAGGCUCAUUAUAUAUGCGUAACAACGUAAGACAUAAGUGGUUUAUGCUUAGUGGCAUCGUAUUUUUCAGUUUCUGAAAGGUGUAUUGCUUACUAUAAAUAGAGCAUUGUGGGUGAGUUGUGAGUAUACCUUUGCCUAUGGCUUAUUUGUUCUUUCUCUUUUUCUCCUCAAAUUUCAGUUAUUUUGUUUGAAGUUA